UUUUUAGAUAAAAUCUUUAAAAUUAUGUAUUUCACGUGUGUCAAUGAAUCACAAGAAAUAAACUUGGGCUGUGAGAUUGAACAAUGUAUUGAUCGACAUUUGAAUGUUUUUCCGUUUGACAAGAAGGAUCUUGUUUAUAUUUUUGGUGAAGACUUUGAUGAAGAGGACAGUUCUGUUAGUUCCAUGCCUGUAUCACCAUCAUCUUCCCAAUAUUCCACGUGUGGUUCUGAAAUUAAUGAGGAUUCGGGUGCUUUCAACAAAAACCACAAAACAAAAUUCUCAAAGCAACAACAACUUUAUUUUGGAUCUACCAACAUUCCGCCUCCUGCUUCAUCAAGAAAUGCUCAAUUAUUUGCUUCUCGACGUUCUCUUCCAAUCUGGAAUUUCAAAAACAAAAUUUUAGCUUCUAUUAAACAACAUCCUGUUACUUUGAUUACUGGAGGGACGGGUUGCGGGAAAACUACUCAGGUUCCCCAAUUUUUGUUGGAGGAUGCUGCAGAAAAUUCUACUCCAAUUCAAAUAAUGUGCACUCAACCUAGACGUCUUCCUGCAAUAUCAAUAGCUAAGAGAGUUGCUUUGGAAAGGGGAGAAAUGCUUGGGGAUAUUGUUGGAUAUCAUAUUCGUUUGGAGCAGAGAAUUUCGUCCAAAACUGCACUUACUUAUUGUACAAGUGGUGUUCUUCUUAGAAAAUUGACUAAUGAUGAAUUAGCUUCAGAGAUUACACAUGUUAUACUUGACGAAAUUCAUGAACGAGAAACAAAUACUGAUUACUUAUUAAUUGUUUUGCGAUGGGCGAUUUCGCGUCGACCAGAUUUGAGAGUUGUGCUAAUGUCUGCAACUAUGGGAGAAAACAUUAAUAAAUUCUUGAAAUAUUUUGAGCAACAGGGGAUUUGUCAUAUUGAUGGUAUUAUUUUUUGUUAA